AUGAGCAAUGACGACACUAUAGAGAGGGCAUUGGAACUUGGAGUGGUUUACUUCAAAAAUGAAGAUUUUCGCAACGCACAAAACCUAUUCACGAAAGCGCUCAAAUUGGCUCUUUCAUAUGAAAAGCCCGAUUUAGAAAAGAUACGACUAUCGCAAGGGUUGACUAAAAGGCCUGUUGAAGGGAUGGGCGAACUAGUACAUCCACGAUUAGUGAAAUUGCUGGACAAUAGAGCUGCCACUUGGGAAAAAAUGGGAGAUUUGCAAAAGGCAUUAAAGGAUGCCGAUAGGUGUGUUAGAUUUGAACCAUUCAACUUACGAUGCUACUUAAGGCGUGGCAAAAUUCUCCAGAAGCAGGAAAAGGAGGAUGAUGCAUUGGAGAAUUAUGAAAAGGGAAUAAUGAUGAUGAAAGAAAUGAGCCGGAAGUGGCACUUGAGUCCGUCUACAAAAUUAAUGGGAAUGGUUGAGUAUCAGAAGGAGCUGAUCUAUAACAGGACAAACAAGCAAAAAGCACUCACUAACAAAAAAAUUCAAUCAAAACGAAUUCUGAUUUUACCUCCACAAGAAAAUAGACUCUCUCAAGUCAAAGGCGCUCGUUCAGGGUCUACAACCAAGCUCGAUAUUUUGGGGCAGUGCCCUAUUGAAAUAUUGAGAAGAAUUUUACUUAACUUGGAUACUAAGCAGCUUAUAAAGUGCUUACUGGUGUGCAAAGUAUGGAAGGCGCGUAUCUACUUGCUACCAGAAGUAUUCAGCCGUUUUGAUUUGAGUAAUUGCAAUAAUCGUGCAAUUGUCUCUUUCCAGAACUUUGUCAACAAGAUUUAUAAAGAGCAAGGUGGCGCUCGGAUUGAUAUCAUUAAGAUACAUAGCUCGGCAUUGUCCGGUGAUGAACGCUCGUCUGUUACUUUCCUGCGAAAUCUGCGACCUCGCGUCAAAACAAUAGUAUUGCAUAGCAGAAUCGUCGAUUUUAAACAUUUGACAUGUUCUUUAGCUGGAAAUAAGCGAUUGUCCGCAAAUUUGGAGGAGUUGAGUUUAAGUUGUAAUUAUCGGAUAACUACUGUUCCCUCUUUGGAGUCGCUACUUUUAGGUUCACUAGAAAAUAUUCGCAAAUUGGACCUGAUAUUUGCGAACUCUGCGGGUGUUAGUAAAGAUUUUGUUAGUACCGAAGACUUUACUUCAGAACAACUCUGCCGCAACUUACAGCACUUGAAAUCAUUCAAGUUAAUUUGUGAUCUGAGACACUUGUCGUCCUCUUUUCCUUUUAAAAGCUUUCUUACCUUGGGCCAUUUAAACAGACUAGAAAAGCUCUACAUAUGUGGGGCAACUUUCGACAGUACGAUGGGAUUUGACUGGCUUUGUAAUUUCUCUAACCUGAGGGAGUUAUGGUUUGAAAACAACAAAAACGCGUUCUUAGAGGACUUUCUCCGAGUCAUGAUUCAUAGACCACUUUUUAACAGUCUUUCAAAAAUUACAUUCCGUGAGCAUCGAAUCUCGAGCCAGCCAGUUAAUCUGCGACAAUACCCACAACUGAUGGAGAAUUCACACCUGCUUCAAAAUCUUACCGCGCUCGAAACGUUGGAUUUGAUGAGUACCUCAAUUGGCGCUCGCGGUAUGCUUGUGAUCCUUUCUGCAUUGUCCAGUGGCAGGCUGAAAAAGCUAAAUAUAGGCGAUUGUCCCUACAUUCAUUUCCAGCGAGGCAACAAUAAUGGGUAUAUGAGCAUGAAGGAAUUAUUGUUACGUGUACCUCAUGUCGAAGAGCUUUUGCUCCAUCAAUCUGUAGCUCUUGAUGACUACUCCAUCAAUGAACUAGCUCGAAAUGUGAAGCAUGUCAAAAAGCUACGAUACCUUGAUCUAUCAUUCAACAUGUCUUUGACGGGGGUUUCUAUCUAUGAACUUUUGCGAGCUUUGAAGGAAGAGUUCAUUAUCUUGAAUAAACUUUUGCUAGAUGGGUGUCCAUCGAUAAAUGAAGGCACGAUAAGCUCCUUGAGGCGAACUGGUCUUGUCAAAGAACUUUCAUGCUCAUAUGAAAAGGUUUCCUGGAAAGUAUAUGGGGUAAAUACAUUGGCAAAUUCACAUUCGUAG